UAUCAAUAUUGGAAAAUCCUUCUACGCCUUUAAAGAUGUCAAAAGAUGAAAGAAGUGAAUUUAUGGCCAUUUACCCAGAUGUUUUGCAAGACCUGACCGUGAUAGCUGAUAAAUUCAAAAGUAGAUACGCUGCAGAUGGGCUAAUAACGGCUGUAGAUUAUAAUAUGUCGCCAACGAAUGGGAAAUGUGGCCUUAUCUCUGUUUUGACAUACAAAAGUUUAGCGAAAGGCCAUAAACUGAACGCAGAAAAAUUAAGACUGGCGAAUUUGCUUGGCUGGUGUGUUGAACUGCAACAUUGUGCUUUACUAAUCGCUGAUGAUAUGGUAGACAAUGGCAUUGCACGUCGUGGCAAGUUGUGUUGGCAUAAAUUAGAAGAAGUUGGUCUAAAUGCCAUUAAUGACGCGCUAAUGAUCGAAAACUGCAUCUUCGUAUUACUCAAAAAGCAUUUCCGUUACUUGGAUUGUUAUGUCGAUUUGAUUGAAUUAUUUCAUGAAAAUACUUUUAAAUGCAUAUCUGGACAAUCAUUGGAUAUGCUGCUUAGUAAAAAGAGUGUCGACACUUUCAAUAUGGACAUUUACAACACACUUGUGUUGAAUAAAACUUCAAACCACUUCUUCUACUUGCCCAUAAUGUUGGAUCUGUACGAUUCGUUCGAUUUUACAAAAUAA